AUGGCAUAUAUAAACCACAGCUCAGUCGCAGAAUUCUAUCUCAGUGGACUUUCCAGCUCCUUUGACAUACAGAUGUCUUUUUUCGCCACAUUUCUUUUUUUGUAUCUUAUAACAAUAUCAGGAAACCUUCUAAUCAUGGCAGCAGUCCAAAAGGAUUCACGCUUACACUCCCCAAUGUAUUUCUUCCUUGGGAACCUAUCCUUUCUGGAUAUAUGUUAUUCCACUGUAACCAUCCCUAAAAUGCUUACUAACAUUCUGUCAACGAAGAAGACCAUCACUUUUAAUCAGUGUAUAUGUCAACUAUUUUUCCUCCAUUUCUUUGGUGGUACUGAAUGUUUUCUGCUCACUGCCAUGGCAUAUGAUCGAUAUGUUGCCAUUUGUAAUCCACUGAGCUAUCACAUUGUAAUGAACCCCAGAUUCUGUCUCUGGCUGCUGUUGUUAACAUGGGUGGGUGGAUUCCUUCAUUCUUUCACUCAAGCCAUUGUGACAUAUCAGCUUCAGUUUUGUGGUCCAAAUAGGAUUAACCAUUUUUUCUGUGACGUUCACCCACUCUCUGUUCUAGCCUGUUCUGAUACGUUAUUUAUUGAUAUCUUUAUCAUCGCCAACAGCGGAAUGAUCUCACUCACAUGCUUUGUAGUGUUGCUGUUCUCCUAUCUUGGCAUAAUUACUGCCAUAUUCAGAAUUCGCUCAGCGGAAGGGAGACACAAGACUUUCUCUACUUGUGCUGCUCAUCUCCUGGUUGUAACAUUCUUCUUUGGGCCAUGUGUAUUCAUUUACAUGAGGCCGCCUGUAAAUUAUACAGCAGACAAGUUGGUGUCUGUGUUAUACACAGUGUUGACUCCCUUGUUAAAUCCCAUCAUAUACACUCUGAGAAACCAGGAGAUGAAAAAUGCCUUAAAGAAACUUGGAAAAAUAAAAGUGUCCCCAGACACGAUACCUAUAGAGAAAAAUAUUUUAUCACAAUAUAAAGGCAUUGUAUCAUAA